CGCCCAUCCCCAGUAAAUCAACACUCACAACGUCUAGUGAUAGUAGACUUUAAAACGUUCUGUUAGUAAAGAGUUUGUAAAUUAUCGCAUCACUGUUUAUUUUUAAGGCGAAACUAUACUCAACAUAUGCCGAAAUGGAUGAUGAUGCUGAAACCUAUAAACUAUGGCGUAUUCGCAAAACCGUGAUGCAGUUAAGCCAUGAUAGAGGUUAUCUUGUAACGCAGGAUGAAUUGGAUCAGACUCUGGAACAGUUUAAGGAACAAUUUGGAGAUAAACCGAGUGAAAAACGGCCCGCUCGUUCGGACUUGAUUGUAUUAGUGGCUCACAAUGAUGACCCUACGGAUCAAAUGUUUGUUUUCUUUCCGGAUGAACCGAAAAUCGGCAUUAAAACUAUCAAAACGUAUUGUACCAGAAUGCAAGAAGAAAAUAUCCACCGCGCCAUCGUUGUGGUACAGGCAGGAAUGACUCCAUCAGCAAAACAAUCAUUAGUGGACAUGGCUCCAAAAUAUAUUCUAGAACAGUUUCUUGAGUCUGAGCUGCUUAUCAAUAUUACAGAGCAUGAGUUGGUUCCUGAGCAUGUAGUCAUGACUCCGGAAGAAAAGCAAGAAUUGCUAGCUCGUUACAAGCUGAAGGAAAAUAUGCUAAUGCGAAUUCAGGCUGGUGAUCCUGUUGCUCGAUAUUUCGGAUUGAAACGUGGUCAGGUGGUAAAAAUAAUAAGACCCUCGGAAACUGCUGGACGUUACAUCUCUUAUCGAUUAGUUUGUUGAGGCGAAAAAUUUUAGACAUAAAUCGUAAAAUAAGUAAAA